CCGCCAUACCACCUUGCUGUGUGCCGUCAUUCGCCGCAACCCCGAAAUCAGGCUGAUUCGCUGCCGAUUUCGCGGUGGAAACCGCUUGCCGAUCCCGCACUAUAGCUGCGCUGUUGGUGAAACAAGCACCAAGGGGUUUAGUUGCGUUUGUGUCGUCGUCCCGAUCGGAUCGUUGCUCCACUUCAGCAAAACAGGCGUGUGUGCCCGCUGCCCGUGACCGGUUUCGUUGCAUUUCGUUGGCCCGCUGUUUCUACUAGCGGUCACUCCCACAGCUGCGCUUAGAUUUAAAAGAUCAUCUAACAAAAGGAGAACAGCGCCAAGCAGUACAAUAGCAAGAUGUCCGCCAAAGCAAUACGCGAAGCCACCGGUAAAGAUAUUAUCAACCGCCAUCUACAGGGCGAUCAUGGAGCGGCCAAGUGUCGUUUUGCAACCGUGACCGAAAAUACACAAUGGCAGCAGCUGGUACUGGACAACCCGUGGCUGGAGACUUCGCCUCUUGUGGUAAAGCCGGAUCAGCUGAUUAAGAGACGUGGCAAACUUGGACUGAUUGCCGUUAACAAAAACCUAACCCAAGUGAAGACAUGGGUCAACGAACGGAUGGGCAAAGAUCAGAAGGUUGGAAACGCUACCGGCAAGCUGCGCAAUUUUAUCAUCGAACCGUUUGUCCCGCACAAAGAUAAUGAGGAAGCAUACGUGUGUAUCUACUCUCACCGGACGGCGGACACAAUACUGUUCUAUCACCAGGGCGGCGUUGAUAUCGGUGAUGUGGAUGCGAAGGCGUUAAAGCUGGAUGUACCUGUCGGUAAAGACGUGACUAUGGCCGAAAUUGAGAAAGUGUUGCUGACCGAAAUUUCUUCCGCUAAGAAGCAAAGGGUUGCCAACUUUGUAUACAAUCUGUACCGAUUGUAUGUGGACCUGUAUUUUACUUACCUGGAAAUUAAUCCACUGGUCAUCACGAACGAUUCCAUCUAUAUUCUCGAUUUGGCAGCUAAGGUUGACGCAACUGCCGACUUUAUCUGUCGGCCAAAGUGGGGCGAAAUUGACUAUCCACCACCAUUUGGCCGCGACGCAUUCCCGGAGGAAGCGUACAUUGCCGAUUUGGAUGCAAAGAGUGGUGCAUCGCUGAAGCUAACAAUUCUGAACCGCAACGGUCGCAUCUGGACAAUGGUUGCAGGUGGUGGUGCUAGUGUAAUCUAUUCGGAUACAAUCUGCGAUUUAGGCGGUGCUAGUGAGCUGGCAAACUAUGGCGAAUACAGUGGGGCACCAUCGGAGCAGCAAACGUACGAGUAUGCAAAGACUAUUCUUAGUCUGAUGACCAGCAGCCCGAAGCAUCCGGAUGGAAAGGUGCUGAUUACUGGUGGAGGUAUUGCAAACUUUACGAAUGUAGCAGCAACAUUUAGCGGUAUUAUUACUGCCCUGCGUGACUACCAGCAGAAGCUGAUCGAGCACAAUGUGUCGAUCUUUGUGCGUCGUGCAGGCCCGAACUAUCAGGAAGGCUUGCGCAAGAUGCGUGAGAUUGGUAGCAGCUUGGGCAUUCCACUGUAUGUGUUCGGUCCGGAGACACACAUGACGGCGAUCUGCGGUAUGGCACUAGGAAAGAAACCUAUCGCUAAGAGCAACAAUGUACAUUUUGCCACUGCAAACUUUCUUCUACCGGGUGGCCAGCAGGUGGCCGAAUCAUCCAAGAAAUCGUCCACUGGUAGUCAAGAAAAUGCAGCUAGCAGUGGCGUUAGUAAGAAAUUUACCUCACCCGCUACUUCCCCGGUAGGCGAAACUGGUGCGAUCCGAACGUCACAAACAGAAAUCGGUUCGGAUGCGUAUCGUCAAAUGUUUACCAACCGUACCAAGGCACUCGUAUGGGGAAUGCAAACCCGAGCUGUCCAGUCGAUGCUGGAUUUCGACUUUAUCUGCAGCCGUGAUGAGCCUUCCGUAGUGGCGAUGGUAUACCCGUUCACCGGGUAUCAUAAGCAAAAAUUCUACUGGGGUCAUAAGGAAGUGCUGAUUCCGGUGUACUCUAAGAUGUCGGAAGCAAUCAAUAAGCACAAAGAAGCCGACGUGUUAGUAAACUUUGCGUCCCUUCGGUCAGCUUACGAUAGUUCAAUCGAAGUGUUGGACUAUCCGCAGAUCCGCACUAUUGCCAUCAUUGCCGAAGGCAUUCCGGAGAAUUUGACGCGCAAGCUGAACAUGGCUGCAAAAGACCGUAAUGUUUCGAUCAUCGGCCCGGCCACGGUUGGUGGUGUUAAGCCGGGAUGUUUCAAGAUUGGUAAUACUGGCGGUAUGCUUGAUAACAUUAUACAUUCCAAGUUGUACCGUGCCGGCAGUGUGGCGUAUGUGUCCCGCUCGGGUGGUAUGUCCAACGAGCUGAACAACAUUCUUUCACUGACGACGGAUGGAGUUUACGAGGGUGUCGCAAUUGGUGGCGAUCGUUACCCUGGCACAACAUUUAUGGAUCACAUCAUGCGCUAUCAGGCUGAUCCGGCUGCCAAGAUGAUCGUAUUGUUGGGAGAGGUUGGCGGCGUUGAAGAAUACGAAGUGUGUGAAGCAUUGAGGGAUGGUCGCAUCACUAAGCCCUUGAUUGCCUGGUGUAUCGGUACCUGUGCGGGAAUGUUCACUUCCGAGGUACAGUUCGGACAUGCUGGGUCCUGUGCGAACACGGAUCGCGAAACGGCAUCUGCUAAAAACAAUGCUCUUGCCGACGCGGGCGCUCACGUACCUGCCUCGUUCGACGCUUUCGGUGAUCUGAUUGGAUCGGUGUACGAGAGCAUGGUUAAGGAAGGACACAUCGUACCGGCCGAAGAGGUACCGCCUCCAACUGUACCGAUGGACUACUCGUGGGCUCGCGAGCUUGGUUUGAUCCGCAAACCGGCUUCGUUUAUGACGUCGAUUUGUGACGAGAGAGGCCAGGAGCUGCUUUACGCCGGCAUGCCGAUCAGCGAUGUGCUGCAGAAGAAUGUAGGCAUCGGUGGUGUGGUGUCGCUUUUGUGGUUCCAGCGCUGUUUACCUCCGUACGUGUGCAAGUUCUUCGAAAUGUGUCUGAUGGUUACUGCUGAUCAUGGUCCGGCUGUAUCAGGCGCACACAACACGAUCGUUUGUGCACGUGCCGGUAAAGAUUUGGUAUCGUCUGUGGUAAGCGGUCUGCUUACGAUCGGUGACCGUUUCGGUGGUGCCCUUGAUGGUGCAGCCAAACAGUUCUCCGAGGCUUACGAUUCCAACCUUCACCCAAUGGAAUUCGUCAACUCUAUGCGCAAGAAGGGUCAACUGAUCAUGGGCAUCGGACACAGAGUAAAGUCUAUUAACAACCCGGACGUUCGAGUGAAGAUCAUCAAAGAGUUCGUAAUGCAAAACUUCCCAGCUUACCCUCUGCUUGAGUACGCGCUGGAGGUUGAGAAGAUUACCACCAGCAAGAAACCGAACCUAAUUUUGAAUGUUGAUGGAGUAAUUGCAACGUCUUUUGUUGAUUUGUUGAGGAACUGUGGUUCAUUCACGAGUGAGGAAGCUCAAGAGUAUAUCAACAUCGGUGCGAUCAAUUCGCUGUUUGUUUUGGGCCGCAGUAUCGGUUUCAUCGGACAUUACAUGGAUCAGAAGCGCUUGAAGCAGGGUCUGUAUCGUCAUCCAUGGGACGAUAUCUCGUACGUUCUCCCGGAACAGUACAACUAAAACCCCUACUGAUCGGAGAUUAUCGGACGUCGAGACAAGAUAUUAUACAAAAAUUCAUAAGCACAACACGACGCAAAACAACAUGUUUCCGUUUAAACACGAACGUAGAAAAGUGGAAAUUUAACUGUGGAUGUGAAAAUGUAACAUAUUCAUCCAUCAACAAACGAUGAAGAUCCGCAAAAAAUGGAGAAGUAAUGUAAGCAAACGGCAAUUGUGUAUGGUUCGAGAAGUUCGAUAGUGAAAAAAAACAUUAAGCAAAUUAUGCAGCGCAAUGCUGCAUACUUUCCAUUUUUCCCCAUUAUUGGUAAUUAGUUUUACAAGAAUCUCUUUUUCGUUUUGGCGUAGUGUAUCCUUUUCCGUAGUGUAUUCCGUAAUUAUCCUUUUCUUUCCUUUGUGUCUGUUAGCUUGUUGAACAAUCAAUUUUACAUUCUCAACAAACAGUGCAUUUAUGCAAGGAAAGUUGCGCUGUGUAUCGUGUAACUUAUUGCUACGAAUUACAUUUGGUGUUUCCUUUUUUUAAAACUACAUUCACUAUAGUUUAAAAUUGUUCCUAAACAGGCUUCGCCUUAAAGUUAGUGAUUGUGUUUUGCGCUGACAGACAUAAGCAUAACACGUUUCUAACGGGGAAACAAUGAAGAUUACUCGGUGCAAUCACAGCAACGUCUAGUUUGGGCGUAGAACCACAAGGUGUUUAACAACGGACAAAACAAACAAAAGCGGUGGAAGCAAAAUGAGACUUACUUUUAAUUUAUUGCAUCGCUCAUUAAGUUUCAAUGUUUUUUUUCCCCAUCUUCGGUAAGGCGUUUCCCGGUUUUAAACGGCAACAUCAUCUGAAAAAGCGUACAAGAUAGUAGAAACAAUGACGCUAUAUUCCAUGAAUAUCCUAGCAAAAGAUGGCAACUAGAAUGUGAGGUAAUUGCAAUCUGAACGAACGAACGUAGGAGAGGCGCUGUGUCUUAUAUGAUUUCUAUUUAAAUUCGUUAUCAUUUCUUUCCGUGUAAAAGUCUUCAUUGCGGUUUCUGUUGCUAAUUAUAAGUUAAUGUGGAUAUGUUUCUUCUAUUUUAUUUGAAUGGAAAAAAAGAUACAACAAACAUAGUGACAAAGUACCAAA